AUGGGCUUUGGCCGCAGCAAUGAAUCGAACUUCAUCAACCCAACUCAACACGCACUUCACAUCUACAGCUCUCAAAAGCUACAACCAACAACCAAAACAAACCCCAUCAAAUUUGAAACAUUCUUGUUCAACUUCAAUCUAAAAUGCAAUUCCUCGCUGUGCUCCCAUUCUUGUACACCGCUGCAGCGGCCCUUGGCAUCAACUGUCGUGGAAACGCCAACUGCGUCGGUACACCCGAAUGCAGACUCUCCGAUCUGA